AUGGAGAAGCGCAAGCAGCCGAUCGAUAUUCAAUACAAGCAGCUCCUGGAGGCACUAGUGGAUCGCCGUAUUGUGCCCAACAAGUGGCUGGAGCAGCACAAACAAAUCCGUGAUGCCAUCGCCGCACUGUAUCAGGAACUGCCUCUGGCCAGCGAUCAGCUGGUCAAAUUCCGCGCUAAGAAGCCGAUACAUGAUAAUAUCAACUACUUUGACUGCAAGUUUAUUUUCCAGUGUCUCGAGCAGUCGAAAGAAGGCGCAGCGAAGAAUCUCUUUGGUCAGUAUACAUCACCCGUACUGAAGCAGUGGAAUGCUCUGAUCCGUCAGUAUGAGAAGAAGAAUAUCUACGCGGCCGAGACGGCACGUCUUAUCGCACAGAACACGGCGUUUGAGAUUCCAUUCUUGAAAAAGUCGAUCGUGCAGAACGAGAAACAAGUUGCAGACAACAAUCGCAAAAUAGCGGACCUGACUAGAAGUAUUGCGGAAUACAAGCGCAAACUUAAGGUCUCGUGUGCUGACAUGGGCAUUGCGGGAGAACAUUUUCGUGACGAAUUACGGCGUUUGCCACUAGAGUUACCUAACAUGUUCAAGAAAGUGGCGGAGUCAAUCUGUUGCAAUGAAAUUGCUAGUGCUAUCGAGUACCAUCAGGCUCUCCAGACUUUUCUGCAUGACUGUGAGGUCCCUGCCAUACAACCCAUCACAGAAUCCUCAACCUCGACUUCUUUAAAAAAGGCCAAGAAGAGCAAGAAGAAGGGCAAGAAGCUAAUUGAAGUAGUUGAAGAAAGUGGGUCUACAACAGAUGAACCAUUUGAGCUGGUUGUAGCGCCGCACAAUUUUUUUGAUGCGCUUAAGGAACUCUGUAGUGCAAGUGACGAGCUGAAUGAUGCAAAUGCGACUUUGCAUUUCGAAGCGGAGGCAGAAGAUAUCGGCUGGGAUAUUUCGCUUGGCGAGAGCGACACGGCUGAUGGGAGCGGAAUUGACUGGGGUAUUGAAACAGUCGCGUCGACAGAACCUGCUGCUGCAGCUGAAGAUACGCCUGUCGAGAUCGAUUGGAAUAUACCAACUUCGGACGUGGUGGAACCUGUCAGUGAAAUGAACGAUACUGAAGGGACAGACGUAGUGGAAACGGUGCCAUAUAUGCCUGAUUCUGCCGAAAAGAUUACCCGUGUAGGACUUCUGGAUCAAAGUGAAUUCCGCACUCGUGCUGUCAAUGAUCUCCUGGAGCUGCGAGCGUUUCUCCGCCAGCGACUAUUGGAGCUCUCUGGAAGUGAUUCUGUUGCCUUCGCCAAUCAGUUUCAGGGCUCUUCUCCGCUAUUAGAACAGCAGAGCUCGGCUAAGAUCGAGGAAUUGCAAGCUGUGGUGGACAAAGCUUUAUCCUUGCUGACGGACAAACGCCUGCAGCAGCUGUUACUCAUUAAGACGUCAGAGCGAUAUUUGGACAGACACGUGGCAAGCCUGGAAAUGUUGACCAAACACAUGGACAAGUGCCGCCGUGAAAUUCACGCUUUGGAGGACAAGAACAUUGCUUUAAUUGAUGCCACGAAGAACGUCCAACCUCAGAUCAAUUCACUUGUCACCACAACGAAGAAGCUGAAGAAAGAGCUGGAAGCUGUGCUGCCGUCUCUGUUCAUGGGAUACAAAGUGAACGUCGUAGGUGAAGUCAACAGUCUUUAG